AUGUUACCCCUCCCGCUACCAGCGUUCGACGGCCAGCCAGUGUGCGUGCGGCGUCCGGCGGCACUAGACGCGAAAAAGCUGCAAAAGCUUGCAAAAUUACAUCGUCUCCCUAAAGAAAUCAAAGCUCAAUUAGAAGUUAGCUUGUCGUCAAAACAGCCGCACAAGCAGCAAAAACAAGGUGUUCCCAAGCCACAGCCAUCAACGAGCGGCUGUCAGAAAAACAAGCGAAAGAAGAAACCAGUGUUGGAGUCUGAAUCAUCUUCUGAUAAAGAUACCAUAUCUUUAUCUAGUGAAUGUAGUGACUGUUCUUCAACCUAA